AUGAACCUCCCUGUUUUGUGGCUACCCCCAUCCGCCCAAAUUACCAUGGGGGAUUUUCUUUGCCUUGCUCUGGCGAAAAAGAAUAAUUUUUCUUCAAUCAGCACGGAUAUUUUCAAAGAUCAGUCUCCUCAUGGGAAGGGAAACAAGGAAUGGAAGAGCCACGUGGUGAAUGUAGACGCUAGCCAGAAGGGUGAGCAGCAAGGGGGGUGUAAAAUCCUCAAGGGGGAGAAGCAGCAGUCCUCGUUAGGCAUCACCGUUGAUGCAAAAGGUGAGAGAAGUGGGAGCAGUGGGAGCAGUGAGAGAAGUGACAACAGUGAGAACAGUGACGACAGUCGAGGUGGCAAUGCAAGACGGUGUAGUAAUGCACCCACGGGGGAAACGAAUCAGAGAAACCCCCCCUCGGAGGAACAAAUGAAUAUCCUGCAGAACAACCUGAUUAGAGGAGUCAUUAACAAAUUUUGGCCGUUCGGGGAGAAGAAGGACGAGGCGCGUAGGAAGGAAGGGACCUCCAACGGCAGUGGGCAUGGGGGAGGAGGAGGAGAAGGAGGAGGAGACCCGCCAGACCCAGACAAGCAACCAUGGUGGGCAAACCAGUCGAGGGGGAACCAGCCCAAGGAGCGUUCCUCAGAAGGAGACCCCUCAGAAGAAGCCCCCUCAGAAGAAGCCCCCUCAGAAGGAGCCCCCUCAGAAGGAGCCUCCCCAGAGGAGCGCCCCCCUAGAGAGACGCACCGACCCAGCAGAGGAACAGACCAUGACAAGGAAACGAAUUUCCUGCUGAAGGCACUGGAGACGGGGAAGUUCCCCUCCUACUGUCUCGUAGAAAAUAUUGACGAAAAUUUAGAUAAUUGCGAAAUAUACAUGAGUAAAGAAAAAAUGGAGGAACUGAAUCUGAGUGAAGGGUUCACCGUUUUGUUGAAAGGAAAGAAAAAAAAAGAAAUGCUAGCAGUUACCAAGCUAGACAAAAAAUUAAAAAAGCAUUUCGUGGUGAUCUCCUUUGCGAUGAAAAAGAAUCUCAGACUUAUGCAUAACGAUAUUAUCAAAAUUUAUCCACUAAUGAAGGUAAGUCCUUUACGAACAGUUGUGCUUAGUCCCUUUAGUGACACUGUCGGAGGGUUAACUAAAAGAGAGUUGGAGGAGGAGGUACUAAAGCCUUACCUGAAAGGGAGCUUAAAGCCGUUGUGUGAUAAUACAACUAUGUAUAUCCCCCAUAAGGGGAAGAAAAUCGAGUUUAGGGUAGUGAAGCUGCUGAAGGAGAGGGGGGAUGAAGAAGAAGGACACCGACAGGAUGAGGAAAGGUCAACUGGAGGAGUAGACAUACCCACCUCGCAACAGUACGGUUACGUAGGUGACAAUGCCAUCAUAACGCUGGAUGAAGAAUACCUGAAUAGAGAGGACUACGAAGAGCACACGGAUGACAUCACGUAUGAAGACCUAGGAGGAAUGAAAAAACAGCUGAACAAAAUUAGGGAACUAAUCGAGUUACCACUAAAAUAUCCAGAAAUAUUUAUUAGCAUAGGGAUAUCUGCUCCCAAGGGAGUCCUCAUGCAUGGAAUCCCAGGCACAGGAAAAACGUCUAUCGCGAAAGCUAUUGCUAAUGAGAGUAAUGCAUACUGUUAUAUUAUUAACGGUCCAGAAAUUAUGUCAAAGCAUAUAGGAGAAUCUGAGCAAAAGUUACGAAAAAUUUUUAAAAAGGCUAGUGAAAAAACGCCGUGCAUUAUUUUUAUCGAUGAAAUUGACUCUAUUGCAAAUAAAAGGAGCAAAAGCACGAACGAGUUGGAAAAGAGAGUCGUCUCACAACUUCUAACUCUCAUGGAUGGCUUAAAAAAAAACAAUAACGUGUUAGUUCUAGCUGCCACAAACAGACCCAAUUCUAUCGACCCUGCUCUUAGACGCUUUGGUCGAUUUGACAGAGAAAUCGAAAUACCCGUUCCAGACGAACAAGGUAGGUACGAAAUUUUGCUUACCAAAACGAAGAAAAUGAAGCUCGAUGCGGAUGUUAAUUUAAGAAAGAUAGCCAAGGAGUGCCACGGAUAUGUCGGUGCAGACCUUGCGCAGCUCUGCUUUGAGGCAGCCAUUCAGUGUAUCAAAGAGCACGUACACUUUUUGGACCUCGACGAGGAAGACUUUAUUGAAUUUAUGAAGAUAAGCGUAGAUGAGAGGAGGGGCACCGAUGGGGAGGGCACCGUUUCGGGGGAAAGCAGUGUCUCUCCUGGUGGGGAGGGGGUCAAGGGGAGAAGCGGGUUUUUCUUCUUCCAAAGGGGGGAACCCAAGUUGGCGGCCAAGUCGGCCAAGUCGGCCAAGUCGGCAGCGUCGUCCAAGUCGGCCAAUUCGGAAGCGUCGACUCCCCUCUCCAAAAGCGGCGAACGGGCUGAUACGAAAAACGCAGAACGACUGGACAGCAGGGCGAAGAAAAUCCCACCCUACAUCCUCAGCAAAUUAACAAUCAAGGCGAAGCAUUUCCAGCACGCAUUGAACAUAUGUAACCCUAGUUCGCUCAGAGAGAGGCAAGUCCAAAUCCCAACCGUGACGUGGGACGACAUCGGAGGGAUGCAUGAAGUGAAGGAACAACUCAAGGAAACCAUCCUCUACCCUCUCGAAUAUAAACACCUAUAUGCAAAAUUUAACUCCAAUUACAAUAAAGGUAUAUUGCUUUAUGGUCCCCCUGGAUGUGGAAAGACACUACUAGCCAAAGCAAUCGCAAAUGAAUGCAACGCUAACUUCAUUUCUGUGAAAGGACCAGAAUUGCUAACCAUGUGGUUUGGUGAGUCGGAGGCUAAUGUGAGGGACCUCUUUGAUAAAGCGAGAGCAGCUUCUCCCUGUAUUAUUUUCUUCGACGAAAUUGAUUCGUUAGCAAAGGAACGAAACAGUAGUAAUAAUAAUGACGCUAGCGACCGAGUGAUUAAUCAGAUCCUCACAGAAAUAGAUGGCAUAAAUGAAAAAAAAACUAUUUUUAUAAUUGCUGCUACGAACCGACCAGAUAUUCUCGACAAAGCGUUGACCAGACCAGGACGGUUAGACAAGCUCAUAUAUAUAUCUCUCCCCGAUUAUAAAAGCAGGUUCAGUAUAUUUAAGGCCAUUUUGAAGAACACGCCCCUUAGCAAGGAUGUGGACCUUUACGAUAUGGCCAAACGGACGGAGGGCUUUUCCGGGGCGGACAUUACGAACCUGUGUCAGAGUGCUGUGAAUGAAGCGAUUAAAGAAACGAUUCACUUGAUUAACCAGCGGAAGGCGGAGAAGGGGGGUGCCGGAACGCGGGGUGCGGACGACCAGUACGACCCGGUGCCCACCCUUGCUAAGAAGCACUUCGACUUGGCCUUCAAAAACGCCCGCAUCUCCAUUCGGCCCGAGGACGUCCUCAAGUACGAGCGCUUUAAGGAGAAGCUCUCCCUGCAGAACUUCGACUGA